CUAGCGGUCGCCAAAUUCAGCUCAGCUCCCUACAGAGAGUGGCGCAGCGGUGGUGAAAGACCCAUGAAAGUUGCAGAUUGACGCGUCUUAUUGCAUCGUUAGCCUUUCGAUAAGGUACAGAGUGGUUGAUACAUGAGACUUCUUGAUAUUCAUAAUGGCGUCCAAUAGAAUCAGUCAGAUACAUGGGAGCCCCAAGACGCUUCAUCAGACAGGUUCAGAGGUCACUAAGAUUCACAGACCUGCUUCAUUGGUAGCACCACAUCUUGUAUCAUCAUCGCUGACCUCUCAGGCAGGGGUCAAAUCCAGACACAUACGUGGACAUAGCCUCGGUCAGAUCGCUUCACCCGUAGGGUAUCCAGCUGGAAUGGGGAGAGAUUUCCGAGGAGCCGGUAGUCAUAGCGGUGUGGCGUGGAUGGGACCUCAGUACGCCCGUAGUAGUCAUAGCUUAGGACAUCAACCUUCUAAACAUAGCAAACAAACAACAGGAAAUGCCCCUAGUAGGACAUCCAAGAACAAAACACAGGAGAAGUCUAAGCAUAAGACAGUCGUUGACAGUGCCAUGGAGACGGGAUGCAAGGAGCAUAGUUUCAUCACCAAUGCCUCAGAUAUAAGACACAUGCAGAAUGGUCUUCUCAACCUCCUAGAAGAGUUCAACUCUGGCAAGCUACAAGCAUUCGAUGAGAACUGUUCCUAUGAGAAGAUGAGUAAUGUUAGAGAUCUUCAAGAAAAGCUUGCAAGACUUCAUUUUGAGAUGGAUGACCAGCUCCAAGCACAGGGAGUUGGGAGCAAGGAAGCUAUAACAUUGGCCAAUCAAAAUAUGGAUCACUUAUUAUCUAAUCUGGACCAAUUGAGCAUUGCAGUACGAAGCUUACAUCCUGCAGGGGAUAACAGUGUGUUUCCACCGGAACCAAGAAUGUAAAGAACGACCAACCGAUCUCAUCAAACAUCCCAGAAAUGAAGUAUUAAGACAGAUGUUUGUUUCAAGAUGUUUUAAACCAUGUCUUAUAGAAUGGUUAAGACACUUUUGUAGCCAUUUGGUGGAAUAAGCAUUUUGGCCAGAUUACGACAAUUGUGGAAUUUUUCAUGAGCUGCACCAUCAGAACCCUUUGUGAAGGGAGUAUCUAGAAGAUGACUGUGUUGUGAUAGCAUUAUGACCACCUGCCUUGGAACCCAGUGAUUUAUUUCACUCCUCGAGUCAUACAUUAGGAGAAGCUCCAUUUCUUUAGGCAGUAUGUUAUGAUUGAAAUAUAAA